AUGCUCAGCGCCGCCGACGAGGCCUGCUUCUCCGCCGCGGCCGCGGCCGUGCCACUGCUCGCGUCGCUCUCGCGCGAGCAGCUCUCCGUGGCGCGGCUCGGAGGACUCACAAACAUCGUCUUUCGUGUCGAGGCGCGCGUGGCCGGCGGCCUGCAGCGCUACUGCCUGCGCUGCCCCGGGCCGGGCACCGAAUCGUACAUAGACCGCGCCGCGGAGAGGGCCAAUGCCGAGGCCGCCUGCCGCGCUGGCGUCGGCCCCGCGGUGCUCUCCUUCAGCGACGGAGGCGUGCUGCUCAUGCCGCUGCUGCCCGGCGAGACCAUGUCGCCCGAGGCCUUCCGGUCCAGGCCUGGCGCGGCGGCGCGCGCAGGCGUCGCGCUCAGGACGCUGCACCACUCUGGUGAGGCGUUUGCGAGCCGGCGGGAGCGCAGUUCGCUCUGUGAGCAGGUCGACAAGUACCUCGGCGAGCUCGGCGACGGCACAGCGCUGCCCGAAGGGUACGGCGAGGCGCUCGCGGACGCGCAGGCCGUGCGCGCGGCGUUAUCUGCCAGGCCGCUCCCCGUCGCGCCGUGCCACUGCGACCCGCUCUGCGAGAACUUUGUCGACGACGCGGAGAGGCGCGGCGUCGCGCGAGGAGUGGGGAGUUGA